AUGUCUUCAAUGCAUUCAAAUGAACGACUCAUUAAUGAGUACUUAAGCGACGAUUCGUUGCUUUCAAUCUUUCAAUUCAUACCAAUCGCACAACUCUUCACUUUAAGACAAGUCUGCAAACGGUUCCAACAAUUGGGCGAUUAUGCGCUCAAACUUCGCACAAGUAUUGCGGUUACCAUUAAAUCAGAUGAUAAUAGCGAUGACGAGGAAUACGAGUCCAGAAACGACUGCUGCGAUCCAAGACAUGGCUUCACAUCCAAUGAUUGCAUCCAUAAGACGUGUCGUACUGUCAAAGACGGCUCGAGAACUCUAUAUGUGUUGAGUGAACAACAUUUGCACCAAUUGUUCACUUUCUCCCCGAAUGUGAAGGCAUUGAGUCUCGAGUCGACGAUCUUUGACCGAAAUGUGUGGCAAUACUUCGGCCACAACUGUCCUCCGGGUGUCCAACACCUGGACUUUUCCAACUCUCAGGGACUCAUCGACGAAGUGAUCGGCUUUAUUGUCGCCAAAUGUGGCCCAACUCUGGAGCACAUUGUCCUCAGAGACAGUGAUAUCAGCGAAGCAUCGCUUAAACAUGUGCUGCAAAAGUGUCCGAAACUGGAGAUUCUGGACGUGAGUCGAAACUUCUCUGACCUGAAGAGAGACUUGAAUGCCGUCACAGAAGACGAGUGGCGAACCAUUCCAGAGGUCGGCGACGCCAGGAAUAAGAAGAUGAGAAAUCCUCGCGCAGAGAAAUUCACUCCCGUUCCCGACUCUAUACUCGCGCACAACUCGUCCAUCGGUUCCGGAGAGACAGUGGUCUCCAUUGACCCGCGAACAGGGCUUAAGACACCGAUGACUGCGGGCACGUCGACGGGUUUGAUGACUCCGGGAGGGUUUGUCACUCCAGGGAAUCUGGAUUUGCGUAAAAUAGGUCAGGCGAGGAACACUCUCAUGGAUCUGAAGCUCAAUCAGGCAUCCGAUUCGGUCACCGGUCAGACGGUCGUCGACCCGAAGGGAUACUUAACUGAUUUACAGUCAAUGAUUCCAAGCCAUGGCGCAGAUAUCAGUGAUAUUAAAAAAGCGCGACUACUGUUGAGGUCAGUCCGGGAGACAAACCCGAACCACUCGCCCGCUUGGAUAGCUUCGGCUCGACUCGAAGAAGUGACCGGAAAAUUACAAACGGCUCGUAAUCUAGUGAUGAAAGGCUGUGAGAUGUGUCCCAACUCUGAAGACGUGUGGAUAGAGGCGGCGCGUCUCCAACCGGCAGACUUAGCGAAGUCAGUGAUAGCUCAGGCCGUCCGUCAAAUACCGACUUCCGUUCGACUUUGGAUUAAAGCCUCGGAAUUAGAGCAGGAAAUGAAAGCCAAGAAAAAGAUAUUCCGUAAGGCUUUGGAACACAUCCCGAAUUCGGUCCGAUUGUGGAAAGAGGCGGUCGAACUCGAAGAGCCCGAAGACGCGCGCAUACUAUUGAGUCGAGCGGUCGAGUGCUGUCCCACUAGUGUUGAGCUAUGGCUCGCACUCGCGAGACUCGAGACCUACGAUAACGCACAGAGAGUACUGAAUAAAGCCCGAGAAAACAUUCCGACCGAUCGACAGAUUUGGAUAACAGCCGCCAAACUAGAAGAAGCGCAGGGAAAGACACCUAUGGUUCAGAAAAUCAUCGACAGAGCGAUCACUUCGUUCACGGCUACGGGCGUCGAAAUAAAUCGCGAGCAAUGGCUUAAGGAUGCGAUGGAAACGGAAAAGUCGGGAUCUGUUCAGACGUGUCAAUCGAUUGUGAGGGCUGUCAUCGGGUAUGGCAUCGAUGACGAGGACCGGAAGCACACGUGGCUCGAAGACGCCGAGAAUUUUGCGAACCAGGAUGCUUUCGAAUGCGCCCGAGCUAUAUAUGGUCACGCGAUUAAGACAUUUCCCUACAAGAAGUCCAUUUGGUUGAGAGCCGCGUAUUUCGAGAAAAAUCACGGAACGAGAGAAAGCCUUAAGAGUCUAUUACAG